CUUGAAAGUUCUUGAAGAUCUCGAAGUUUUUCCUAACUAAAAACGGGUGUACAUUGUUUUUAUAUAAUAUUCAUAUUCAACAAGUAUAAAUUUUCAUUCCUUUAAUAUUCAUAUCCAAAAUGCAGACCGGAGCAAUGUUUGUCUUAUUUUCAAGCAUAAUCACUUUAACAAUACUAUCAUCGUGCUUCGCAUCACCCGCCAUCACGUUGCAAGGCUGCGGACCAGAAGAGAUGGGCAUCCAAUCCAAGUAUAGAAAUUUAUGUUUAUUCUACAAUGGAUUGUUGAAACAGCAGGCUUACGACAAUUUUAAACCAGACCUACCAUUACAUCGAUUUAUGGAUGCUAAUGUGAAUGACGCCAACAUUAACGGAAUCAAUUCAGACAUGAUGUUUGUGCCAGCUGUCCAGGAAUCCCAUCAAUAUACAAAUGGAGGUGUGAAGCGGCAAGAUGUCGAUCACGUAUUUUUAAGAUUUGGUCGACGUCGUUAAAAAUUAUUUAAAUUAUUAAUUUAAGUUAUUUAAUCAGUUAUUUAAUUAAAAUGCACCAAACAUAUUAAUAAAUUA